AAGGCUUCCGCUCCUAACAACCUCGCGAAAGUCCCAAAAAAUGACCAAAUUUUUUGUACUCCUUUUUCUCCUCCUCCUCCGGAGCUCCACUCAGGAUUCCACCCGGAACACGCUAUCUGCCGUUCACGUCGAGCUCACUAGCUACGGCUUCCCAAUCGGUCUUCUUCCCACUUCCAUUCAAAACUACACCCUUAAUCGGACGUCCGGGGACUUCUCGCUCGACUUCGGCGACUCGUGCAGGGUUACGCUUCCUCCGGACAAUUACUUGGCAACCUACUCUAAGAAGAUCACCGGAAAGAUUGUCCAUGGUCACAUAGCCGAUCUGGACGGGAUCAGGGUACGGGCUUUAUUCAAGUGGUGGUCCAUAACCGGAAUCCGCUCCAACGACGAUAACUUGGUGUUUGAGGUCGGUAUGGUCACUGCUAAGUAUCCCUCGAAGAACUUCGACGAGAGUCCAGACUGUGAAAGCAGUCAUUCUGCUUCAUGAGGGCUUAUAUAUGCAGCAUGGUCGAAUAAAUUUGGCACAUAGUCUUUCCCUUCCACGAGUUAGGGAGUACUUAGUAUAUGUAAUGAUUUGUUAUGUAAGAUUACAUCCUAUUGUUUGAACUGUGAGGCAGAAUGCUUCUUAUGUAUCCACCUUUCUUAGUUUUACAUAUAUGUGUAUAUA